AUGACAAAGUACAUAAAAGAAAGAAGGAAAUAUAGAAUUAAUGAUCCAUAUGAUGAAAAAGAAAAAAUUCAAAUAAGAAAAGAAAAAACAACCACAUCGCAAAAUCAACUUAAAGAAAAAGAAAAAACACAAGAAACGAAGAAACACGAUGAAAAUAAUAAAAGUAAUAAUAAUGUUGUAAAUUCUUCUGAAAAUUUUAUGAAAAUAUAUAAAAACAUUUUAAAACAAAAUUACCACGUAGAAAAAUUUAAAAAACAAAAUGAAAAUAUAGAAGAAAGCAAAAAAAAAGCAACAAGUAGGAAGAAAAUUAAAAAACUAAAUUUUAAAUUGAAAAAAAAUAAUCUUAUUGAAAAAGUAAUAAAAAAAAAAGCUUUUCUGGAAGCUAAAAAUACGGUAUUCCCAUCAUUAAAAAAAUAUAAUACAGUUCCUCAUAUUUCCAACAAUCACAAUAUUUCACAAAAUGAUCAUAAUAAGAAGAAACAGGAUAAAAAUAUAAAACUUUUAAAACUUAUAGAAAAAUCAAAUAAGGAUGACAACAACAAUAUUAAUAAUAAAAAAAAUAACAAUCAAAAAUGUGAUACAAAAAAUUUAAAUAAUUCUAAAACGAAUAAAGCUAAUAUUGUUAACCAAUAUGAUGAAAUAAUUACUUCUAAUAAUUACAUGAAUAACCCCAUUCAAUUUGUAAAAAAUAUAAUUCAACAACAGAAAAAGAAAUAA